ACGGCGGGGAGGGCGGGAGAGAAACGGGGGAAAGGGGAGUCUUCUCUUUCUAAAAGGAGCAGCAGCUGAAGAUCUCGUGACCGAGUUUCUUUCCUUGGAGGCCAGCGAGCCUGAGAGAGAAGCCAAGCAGAGUAGAAGAAGAAGAAGAAGAAGAAGAAGAAGAAGAAAGAAAGAAGGAAAAGGUUGUGCUUGAGAUUUGGAGCGGUCAAGCGAUCGCUGGUAGUCGUCCUCAUCAUCGACGUGGAGAGGAUGAAUAUAAUAUACCCUCCUUAUGUGGAUCCACAAUUCCAGACAUUGUUCGAGAGGAUUCAUUCACCAAGAGUUUGCAUUGACAACGACACCUGUCGAGAUUGCACGCUGGUGAAGGUGGAUAGUGCAAACAAGCACGGACUCCUGUUGGAGAUGGUUCAAGUACUAACGGACCUCGACCUUGUCAUCUCAAAAUCAUACGUCUCCUCUGACGGAGGAUGGCUCAUGGAUGUGUUUCAUGUCACGGAUCAGCUCGGGCGCAAACUCACAGACGAGGGCCUCAUUCGCUUCAUCCAACAGGCUGUUGAGGCAAGAAGAGAAGAGGAUGCUAAAGAGGUGAGGACCUGCCUUGGAAGAAUAGUCGGGGCUAAGCUUCCUGCGCAGUAUACAGUAUUCGAAAUGACUGGGACAGACCGGCCAGGGCUCCUAUCUGAGAUCUCAGCGGUGCUCAAGGACAUGAACUGCAAUGUGGUGUCUGCUCAUCUCUGGACUCAUAAUGCCCGCAUGGCAUGCAUCGCCUUUGUGACUGACUGCACCACGUCCAAGCCCAUUACAGACCUCGAACGACUGGACCUGUUGAGGGAUCAGCUCUGCAACGUGCUGAGGAUUAACAAUGGCUGCAGGGAUGAAAGAAGAGCAGUUCGAGCGAUGGUCCUGUCCCGCCUGACUCACGCUGAGCGCAGGUUGCACCAAAUGAUGUUCGAGGACAAGGAUUAUGAGGGAGUUGGAGGUGCAGAUGAUAGGAAGAAGCAGGAUGGUGUAGGUACCACGGUAUCAAUUGAUCAUUGCCAGGAGAGGAGCUAUUCGGUUGUGACUGUCCUUAGUAGAGACAGGCCUAAGCUGCUGUUUGACACCGUUGUCACUCUCACUGACAUGAAAUAUGUGGUCUUCCAUGCUGCCAUCAGUUCUAAAGGUUCCUUGGCUAUUCAGGAGUACUUUGUUCGUCAUAUGGAUGGUUGCACCCUGAAUACCGAAAGUGAGAAACGCAGGGUUGUCAAAUGUUUGGAAGCCGCAAUAGAGAGAAGAAAUACCCAGGGAUUAAGAUUGGAUGUGCGAACAUAUGACAGAAUCGGACUUCUAACAGACAUCACACGCGUGUUUCGUGAAAAUGGUCUUAUGGUGACGAGAGCGGAGGUGUCAACAAGUGGUGACUCUGUGUCGGACACGUUCUUUGUAACUGAUUCGUCGGGAAAUGAUAUAGAUUAUGAGACGAUUGAUCGGAUCAGGCAAGAGAUUGGCAAUGUGGAGGUCAUCACCUCAUGUAACCUGGUGAAGCGCAGCAAUAGUACUGCCAACGGCAACGGUCAGGAGCGACCGAGUUUCUUCUCCAUCGGCAACCUCCUAUGGUCUCAGCUCGAACGGUUCUCCGGUAACUUUGGAUCUAUAAAGUCUUGAAAAGAAAGAAAGAGCGGUAGGCUGGUGUUUAGCAUUUUACCGUCUGACCUUUCAGAUUAAAAUAGCGUGAAUUCCUUGUUUUUUCUCUUCUUCGUUCUUUUUCAUUGUUAGAUGCAAUAAAUGGAACCAUGUGUAAAUAUGAUGUAAAGUUGUACCAACCGGGUCUCUCAAUCUUCCUCUUUUUCUCCAAGCCCUUCUCUCUGCUACCAUAUCUUGUGCCAAUUUUAACG